CCAACGGCAGAUGAGGGCACCACCACCAAGUCGUCGCCUUGUCUCCGCCGCUCCCGCCACUCUCCUCCUCCGCCUACUCCUCCUAGCCGGCGCCGCCGACGCCGCGCCACCGCUCGUCGGCGUUUCUGCUCAAGAUGAGGCGUACUUCGCCCCACAGGUGAUCGCCUGCAGGGACGGUUCGGGCUCCUUCCCGAGGAGCCGGCUCAACGACGGGUACUGCGACUGCGCCGAUGGAACCGACGAGCCAGGUACUUCAGCUUGUCCAGAAGGCAAGUUUUACUGCAGAAAUAUUGGAGACACUCCACGUUUGUUGUUCUCUUCGUUUGUGAAUGAUAAGAUAUGCGAUUGCUGUGAUGGAAGUGAUGAGUACGAAAGUGGCAUCCAUUGUCAGAACACAUGUAGGAACAUAAAGGAUAGUGCUAAGGCUGAUGAUGGUGGUGGCGAGCUGUCAGGAACACAUUUAGCUGCUACUAAUAUAUUUACCAGUAAACAUACAAUUGAUAUAGAAGACCUUAUCCAGAAGCUAAGAGGAUUAAGAAUGGCUCUAGUCAUUGAGCUGGGUCUUGUUGUAUGUAUUUUUGCUUUCUGCUUAGCUCGGCGACGGACUAGAACACGCAGGAGACAGUAUAUUUUGAAACGUUAGCGGGGCAGUAGUUACAAAGACAGUAGAUUGAUGCUCAUCUGCAAAGAUUAAAGCUUCCGAGGAUGAUGGAGAAUCGGAGAUGGGAGGAACUAGGAAGGGAUCUGCUCGUUUUCCUCCUUAAAUUGCCAGUGCAUCUACUGUUCUAAACUUUGUUGGCUAGGAUAGCUAACUAUGUGGAGUAUAAACAGAAGGCGCCGUGGUAUGAACUACUCUGUAGUUUGUACCCAGUGGUGUACGAAAUAGGUUUAUGUAAUUUGUUGCCCCGUCCAACUCUUCAGACAAAGAGUUGCUAUUCGAUCAUGAUGUUGCUGCAUUGGUAUGACGUCAGUCUUCAUGCCUAGAGUUGCUAGUCGAUCUGGACGAUGGCCUCAAUUGGCAGUGCAAUACUUGACUUCUGCCUUAGUCCUGAAGCUUGUGUAUUCGUGAAGUUCCAGACUUUCCAGUGCGGAAUUGGUGUAUGUAUUUUACUGAAGAUAAAUUGGAAGGAUUGGCAGCAUGAGGUGUGUUUACUGCUGCUGUGUA